UAUUAAUCGGAGAAAAGCCUCUUUCGCUUUCAGAGCAGAGAGAAAAAGAGAAAAAGUCUUGACCUUUUUCCUUUCAAUUUGUCUAAAAUAAACAAAACUGCAAGAAAUCUAGCUAGGGUUUAGGUUAAACCUCAACAACCAUGGCGGAAACCACCGCAUCGGAAGAACAGCUCGCGGAACAAAACACAUCCUCCUCCUCCUCCUCCGCCAAAGAAAUUGACGUGGACAGCUCCAAACCUGAGGCUGGUCGCGAGGCCGGUGACGACAUAGCUACUGAUUCCAAGAAGCGGAAGGUAGAUGACGGAAAGGGGAAAGCCAAAGUUGAUGAACAAAGUGAAGACAAGAAGAAGAAGAAGAAGAACGAGGAGGCGGAGGAAGCGAGCAAGGAGAUACUAUCGGGUCCAGUGAAAUUGGGUUACAAGACCUUCGAUUCUUCGGUGGAAAUUUUCGAUUACUUCUACAACUUUCUUCAUUCCUGGCCCCUUAAUCUCAAUGUCAACAAGUAUGAACAUCAAAUGUUGCUGGAAUUGCUCCAGAAGGGACACAAGAAUGCUGCCCGGAAGAUUGGAGUGGGAAUCCGCUCUUUCCAAAUCCACAAGCAUCCCAAGUGGAUGGGCAGGUGCUUCGUCCUCAUGAGAGAGGAUGGAUCUGUGGAUUAUUUUCGCUUCCGCAAAUGUGUGCAUCAUAUUCUUCCAUUGCCGGAUGAGAUGCUUCCACUACCUGGAGUGGACAAGCACUUAAGCAGCAAAAAGAAGUACUCGAAACAGGGAGGGCGCGGCCGUGGCGGAUCUGGAAAGUGACUGCCACAGAUCUUCAGUGUGUUGUUUGUGCAUACUUGAUACUUCCUCUAGCUGUGAAACACUAAAACUGCACUACCCAGAUCUUUGAUACAUGAUGUUGUGUUUUUGUCAUACUCAUAUUCCUUUGUAAAGUGACGCCUUACUUCAUCCAAGUUCAUACCCCCAAUGCUAGAGCUUUUGAAUGGCUGGGAAAUUGGAAUAGUAUCAUUUUUAUUUGAAUGAAAUUCUAGUUGGCUUGGCCAUAUGUUUUUUAGAUUUGACAAAUGUGUUGGGUA